CCACAGGCCAUGCUACCCAACAGGGACGAUACAGGCGAUAUCCCAGUGGAGACACUCGCAAGAUUCGAGAAGGACGUGAAAAGAACCGACACCGGGUUCCUGGCGAUAGCAACAGAGGUGGAGAACGACGGAGAGAAGACCUCGGAGCUUCCAGGAAAAAUCAAGGAAUUGCUGAAGGAGUUCCAAGACAUUCUUCCUGGCGAUCUACCGAACGAGCUACCGCCAUACCGCAUGCAUCAACACGAGAUCGUGGAGGAACCAGGUUCGAAGCCGACCUUCCGAGCACCAUAUCGGCUCAGUCCUACGGAGCUGACCGACAUGAAGAAACAGAUCGAGUAUCUCCUAGCAGAAGGACUCAUCCGACCAUCUACUUCACCAUACGGUGCCCCAGUACUCUUCACCCCAAAACCGUACGGAAGCCUGCGCAUGUGCAUCGACUACCGAGCUCUUAACAAGCAGAUGAUCAAGAACAAGUAUCCGAUACCCUGGAUUGAUGAAGACGUUCAGAACUUCGUCACCUCGUGUGAUGCAUAUGGGACACUUCAUGCCGACGCACACGACAGUUCGCACCGAGGAGACAGCACAACUGUUCGUUCGCUACAUCAUCUCACAGCAUGGCAUUCCAACAACACUCAUCUCCGACCGAGACCCCAAGUUCACCAGCAAGUUCUGGAAAGAACUUAUGUCUCUGCUCGGGACCAAACUCGCCAUGUCAUCCGCCUACCAUCCACAGACAGACGACAGAACGAGCGCCUCAACCAGAUUGUUGAGCAACUCCUCCGAGCAGCCUGCAAGGACGAAAUCUCCAAAUGGGACUUGCACCUGCCCGUCUUAGAGUAUCCUUACAACAACGCUACACACGCCGCUACUGGACAGACGCCGUUCUUCCUCUGCUACGGACGCCACCCACUCACACCACAGAAGCCGACAACACCACCAACUGUCCAACCCGCACACGACUUCAUCCCAACCAUGCAUCAGCUUUGGGAUCGGACCCAUAAGCGCCUCCUUGACAUUCAGCAGCAACAGAAGCGCCAGGCCGAUCGCCAUCGCAACGACCACACCAUCACCGUGGGAGACCAGGUGCUUCUCGACACACGCAACCUGGACAUCAGCCACCUCCCAUCUAAACUUCGACCUCGCUUCUGCGGGCCCUUCCUCGUUGAAGCACAGGUCACUUCUGUUACCAUCCGCUUACGCCUGCCAGCUACCUGGAAGAUUCACAACGCCUUCCAUGUCCAACUUCUGAAGCCCUAUCGGGAUCCGAGCACGAUCUUCGUCGGACGCCAACCGCCGCCGCCACCGCCCGUCCUCGUCCAGAAUGAACCCGAGUACGAGGUCAAGUCCCUGCUUGCACACCGCCGUCGUCGGAAUGGCACCGUGGAGCUUCUCAUUCAUUGGAAGGGUUCUGAUCCUUCUGAGGACAGCUGGGUCUCUGCGAACGACAUGGGUAAAGCCCGUCGUCCUCUGCAUGACUACCUUGUCAAGCAGGGUGUUACUUCUACCACCCAGCUUUGAGGAGGGGAAGUGUGAGAGUACG